AUGUGCGUACAUUACGAAAACAAAAGUCCAUUAAAUUCCGCUGUCAAGGAGAUUGGCCGUGCAGUGCAACUUGAGCGAAAUAUGUGCUAAUUACCGUCCACUGCAGUUGCUUCCGGUGUUGCUGCUAUGGGAAAUGAACAGUCGCAACUGAAAGGAGUCGAAAUCAGCAAGAAAGCGAUCCAGGUGACUGACUAUUGGUCACUGUACAAUGGCGAACUGCCGAACGCGAACGGUGCCCCGAACAGUAUAUCCAUCUUCCAAGGUGAAACCCUAGUCAGUGGGCAGUUCUGGACGAACCAGAAUCCACUCGAGCGGGCGAUAAAGAAUCUGAAAAUUUAUCGCCAUCCCUACAUUCUGAAGUACUUCGCAUCAUGGAGCAAGGGUUCGCUGAAGAUGCUCGCGACGGAACGGUGCCGUCCAUUGGCGACGUGCCUGAACAUCACGAGCGACGUACAGAUCUGUCUCGGACUGAGAAACGUACUGUGUGCGUUGAUCUUUCUCCUGGAACAAGCCGCAGUCCGACAUUUAAGCAUAAGCAUUUCAUCGAUCUACGUAACGGAGGACGGUGCGUGGCGGCUGGCCGGGUUUGAGCAUCUGUGGCGAACGGGCGAUUUCAAUCAAACGCUGCUGGAAAAAUCUCAACCAUACCGCUACACCAAAGCGAUCGAUUCCAGCGAGCUUGCGAGCAAGGGUCAAGGUUUGGAACAGUAUGCCUUCGGUGUGAUGUGUGAGGAAAUAUUGCACAACAAAACGGACACCAACAUUCCCUCGGUGGAAGACUUCAAAGCGUACUGUGCGACACACCUGAAGCACGGGAAUCCCGCUAUGCGACCGAACCUGUCGGCCGUGCUGCUGCAUCCGAUCUUUAAUCAUGACUUCAUAUUGAUACAUUCCUUCCUGACCGAGCUGCCACUGAAGGGGAACCAGGCCAAGCAGGAGUUUUUCAUCAGUCUUGCCGAUCGGCUCCGUUCGUUCGACCCGGAGACGGUAGCGGAACAGAUGUGUUCCUUGCUCUUAUCCCGCAUCGUGCUGCUGGACACGACGGCGCAGCUUUGCGUUACCCCGUACGUGUUGCGGCCGAAAAGUGACGAUCUUUCACCGGGACUCUUUACACCCAAAAUAUUCUCGGCGUACAUUUUGCCAAAGGUUAAGCAAGUGUUCUGCGUACCGGACGCUCAGAUACGGCUUAUUCUGUUGGAAUAUUUCCCGGCUUAUGUAGAGUUCUUCACCAAGGAAGAUCUGCAAGAUCACAUACUACCUCAGCUUUUGCUCGGGAUAAAGGACACAAACGAUGUGUUGGUGGCGAAAACGUUGCUUUGUCUAGCGGAUCUUGUGCCCAUCCUCGGCUCGGCCGUAGUUAUAGGUGGUAAUCGUAGCAAAAUAUUUGCGGACGGAAGACCGCAAGGCAUACCGGAUGCUACGAACCCGUGGAGCGGAGUACGAUCAAUAACGCCGGUCAUCGGAUCGGGCGAGUUCCUAUCCGGAAGUCCCGUGCCAGAUGCAGGAGGCGACAAUAGUACAUCGUUCUCAUCGGUACUGAUGGGUCCGGGGGUCAAUUUUAACAUCAUGCCCGAACGGCUAUCACCCGAAGGGGAAGACAUCUAUCAGACCAACUCCGACGUAGAGCUGGAUGUGGAUGAGUGGAGUGAUUGGGAAAAUGACGGCAACGAACUACCAUCGGUGAAUCAUUUACGGCUAAUCGAUACAACUGCACCGGAACCAGCGGCAAACGCUGUUGGGAUAAAUGGCACAUUGGAGGAUUCACCCGAGUCAAACGCUGUUACCACGCUUAGUAGAGAAAGCUCGACCGAAAGCAAAACCAAGCAAUCCAAAGGAGCUCAUCAUCAGUCCGUGGAAAGCAUCGAACGGUUGGACAUCAAAACGCAACCAGUUCGCAAAUCCGACCCAUCAACAGGGGAGGAGUUUGAUUUCUUCAAAGACAUGGAACCAGUCAUCCAGAAGGCAAAUGUACUGCUGAUCGAUGAGGAAGCAGCACCGGCAAAACAGGAUGAUAGCGUGGAGCAAUGUACGAACAAGCUGGAGUUGUUGGCGAACAAACACACCGAAUCAGUCCCGGUGACUGACUAUGCGCAUGAGCUUAGCGAAAAGGAGGAAGAAAUCCCGCUCGUCAAUAGCAGCAGGUUAGAAAUUAAGGUGGACGAUAUGGAAACCACCGAGGAUGGUUGGGGUGACGAUGAUGGAAACGAUGAAUGGUAA